UCCGGUCCCUCCCUCCCUCGGCGGCGGCGGUGGCGGCGGCUUUUUCGUGAGGCGAUGGCGGCGGUGCGGGGCCUCCGCAUCUCCGUGAAGGCGGCCGAGCCGGAGCCCAUGGAGGUGGAGGAGGGCGAGCUGCUGGUGGUGCAGGCCAGGCCGUCCCCGCCCGGGCCCAGACGCCGCGCCUCCUCCGAGGAGCUGGAGGUGCCGGUGCGGCGCUCGCUGAGGGAGCUGCUGCCGGACACCAGCAGAAGAUACGAAAACAAAGCCGGGAGCUUCAUCACUGGGAUUGAUGUCACUUCAAAGGAAGCCAUCGAGAAGAAGGAGCAAAGAGCAAAGCGUUUUCAUUUCCGUGCAGAGGUGAAUCUCGCACAAAGAAACGUGGCGUUGGACCGAGACAUGGUGAAGAAAGCCAUCCCGAAAGUCCGGCUGGACACCAUCUACGUUUGUGGUGUUGAUGAAAUGAGCACCCAGGACAUCUUUGCCUAUUUCAAGGAGUAUCCUCCUGCUCACAUCGAGUGGCUGGAUGACACUUCAUGCAACGUUGUCUGGCUUGACGAGGUAACAGCCACCCGAGCGCUCAUCAACAUGAGCUCUAUGCCUGAGGAGGAGAAGAUGAAACCCCAAGAAAACAGCAAGAAGGUGGCGGUGGUGGAGGCAAGCAAGAAAGAGAAACAGGAAGAGAGCUCUGAUGACGAGGCAGAGGAGGGCGAGGUGGAAGACGACCAUCCGAAUGAGACUGAGCUGGACACUCUCUCCCAGGCGGAGGAAGACUCCUUGUUGCGGAAUGACCUGCGUCCAGCCAGUAAACUGGCCAAAGGCAACAAGCUCUUCAUGAGGUUUGCUACCAGAGAUGACAAAAAGGAGCUUGGGGCUGCCAGGAGGAGCCAGUAUUACAUGAAAUAUGGGAAUCCCAAUUAUGGAGGCAUGAAAGGCAUAUUGAGCAACUCCUGGAAGCGGAGAUACCAUUCACGCAGGCUCCACCGCGACGUGAUUAAGAAAAGGACUCUCAUUGGGGAUGAUGUUGGCCUCACGCCUCCUUACAAACAUCGCCACUCAGGUUUAGUAAAUGUUCCUGAGGAACCUAUUGAGGAGGAAGAGGAGGAGGAAGAUGAUGAUGAUCAGGACAUGGAUGAAGACGACCGGGUGGUUGUGGAGUACAGGGAUGAGCUGCAAGCGUUCAAGCAGUCGCGGGAGCGGAGUGCCUCCCGGCGGUCCAGCGCAGCCAGUGAGUCUGACUCGGAUGAAAUGGACUAUGACCUGGAGCUGAAGAUGAUCUCCACUCCCUCCCCCAAGAAGAGCAUGAAGAUGACCAUGUAUGCCGACGAGGUGGAGUCUCAGUUGAAGAGCAUCAGGAACUCGAUGAGAGCAGAUAGUGUUGCAGCCAGCAACAUCAAGAACCGAAUUGGAAGCAAAGGGACUUCAGAGAAAGUGGCUGAUGUGCGGCUGCUCUUGGAGGAAAAGCGGCAGGGAAACCCCAGCCCGCGCCAGCCACUGAACUCCGUGAGAUCAGAUGUUCGGCAGAGGCUUGGCAAGAGGCCACACUCCCCAGAAGCCCACACCCCACCUGGAAGCCCCUCCACGUCCCACCGUGAGCCUCUCUCCGAUGUGCACAGUCGACUGGGCAUCCCCAAGCAGGACGGGAAAGGCCUCUACUCUGAUACCAGAGAGAAGAAGUCAGCAAACUUAUGGACCCGUUUAGGAUCCGCAGCAAAGGUGCAGGAGAAAGUCCCCGAGAAAGCAGAGAAGUCGUCGGCCUCUCCCGAAGAAGAGGACUCUGAGCUCCAGCGGGCUUGGGGGGCCCUCAUCAAAGAGAAGGAGCAGUCUCGCCAGAAGAAGAGCCGCCUUGACAACUUGCCCUCGCUGCAGAUCGAAAUCAGCCGGGAGAGCAGCUCAGGCUCAGACACAGAAUCGUGACGGCCUUUGGGGCGCUGCUGCUGCCGCUCCCAGGUGACUGUUGCCCUCGGCCCCAAAGUGGGAGCCGGGCCCGGCGUGACCCAGGAGCCUCUUGCCCUGCUGAAUGUCCGAUCCCUGCGGUGCAAGGUGGCCCUGCGGGGCAGAGAGAGGUGACCUUGGCUAAGAGUGCGUGAGUGAAUGUCUGUGUGUUUGUUCCCCUAGAAAGCAGUUGGGGGUUUUGUAGGAGACUUGUAUGUUCUUUAGGCUUUCCACGUACUGGUUUCUUUUAAGAGGGGGAAAUGGUUCCAGCAGUUCCCUCAAAGGAUUUGGGACUUUCCUUGAUGACCACCUUGGUCCUUCUGCGGGUUGCUAGCUGGGGCAGGCUCUGAGGGCUAGCUCCAGCGGCCGCUGCUGCCUGCUCUUCCUCCUCCGGAAUGAUACUGGCAGCAAAUCCCAAGUGAAGGCAGCAACAGUCCACGCCAGCAAUGCUGGAUAGAACCCACCAGAACUGGCUUUCUGUUUCCAGGAUCCUUUCCUACUUAAAAUGAAGAUUGAACAGUUGGAAGCCUCUGAAAAGGGUACACGAAAUCCUGAAAGGUGCUUUUUCUUUGUCUUUGAAAGUAACUUUAAAAUUAUUUCCAUCUGUAACGUUCAAAGGAAUCCAGCAUUGGAAAUACUAACUUUUAUAUAUAUAUAUUUGUGAUUUUUAUUUUUUGCUGUUGGCUACAGUGUGAAAGCUACCAUGGUGGUUUCAUAUGUGCAGUUCAAUAUAUAUAUAUAUAUAUAUAUAUAUAUAUAUAUAUAUAUAUAUAUGAAGAACAUGGUUGUGUGUGUGCAUAGGAUUGAAUGGAAGCUCCGCCCCAUAGUGUGCCUGAUGAGAGCCUCUCCUGUGCAGGCCCUUUUGAAAUUAUCAUUGUUCUUAGUAAUAGUAGUAGUAGCUUUAGAAGUAUUUAUUGCACUUAUUGCCCUGCCCUUCCUCUCACAAGAGCCCAGGGCAGCUUGCAACAAUCCACAAAACCAACAUCUAAAAACAAAGCAAAAUCACAAUUGGCAAUAAAGUACAGUUGACAGUUACAUCAAUUACGUUACCUAAUAGAGGCCUGCAGGAACAAAUAAGUUUUAAAUUGCUGCUUGAAUGCAUGCAAAAUAAGGGAUAGCCAGGUUGCCACAGGUGGAGAGAGGGACAGAGCUUCCGUUUGUAGGCUGCACCUGCACAGCCUCUCCUGAUUCUGAUGGAACAGAGAGGAGCAAGUAAGGUGUCAUCUGCAUAUUGAUGAUGCUGCACCACAAAACCGUACUACACACCCCAGCAGGAGAUGUUAAACAGCAUGUGGGACAAAAUCUAGAACCUUGCAGGCUACACGAGGCUGCCAGGCGGCUGAGCAUUUAUCUGCCAGUGCUGGUCUCUGGUAGUGGAGUGGAACCACAGCAAUAAAUGCCAACUCCCAGAGCUGCUCAAAGAGGAUACUACGAUCAGUGGUAUUGAAAGCCUCAGAGGGUUUAAGCAGGGGAUAGCACUCUGCCCCCUGCAUCUCUCUGCUAAAACAAAUCAUCAGGGUGACCAAGGCUGGCUGGGUGUGGUACUCAGGCCUGAAGCCAGAGUGGAACUGGUGGGAGCAGCUGCAAGGGCCAGUUUCUGGUGGAUCACUGCCCCCAGCAUAGGACGUGUGCCUACAUUCUGUCACAAUUUCUGUUCUCAUGACAUGAAUGUCUUUGGUUGAUUCAUUCUCCCUUGCCACAAAUGUCCCCCAAUGCCAAAGGUAGUUAUUUCUUCCUUCUUCCUUGGGAAGCUCUUCUCUGUGUGGCUCUCCUUCCAACACCCUUCCCCUUUGUUCUGCAGGAAGUUGUGAAGCACCCAGAAUAAUUUUUUGCCUGUAGCAGAAAAAGUUAUUGCCUUGCCCUUUUGAAGUUUUCCAUGAGUCUUCCAUCUUUGGGUUUUCUGCCUCUUCCCCUUGGCAAAGUGGGAGGCCCCCCCCCUUCCCACUUUUAUCCAUAGACAAUUGUUUUGGGCUUUGGGAAAUUGAGGGAUCAUGAGCUGUGAGCUUUUAUUUCAGAGAAGAGCAGCCUGGAGCCUAGGAAGCAGGGAGGAUAAACUAACAGCAUUUGGUCUCUAAAGCUUCCUUUUUAAAAACUUUAACUGAACCGUAUGUGUUUAAAUAUGGCUUUUCAAGAUCAUACCUGACAAAAGUAAGUAAAUGCAGUGUUUUAUCAUUGUAAAAGACUGUUCAAGUGUGUGUGCCCCCCCUCUAAAGCCUGAUAUGUAGCUACCUAUCAAUACAAUUAAUACUUUAUCAAAGA